UCCCGUGCGUCACAGCUGCAUUUGAACACGCCCCUUCCAAACGCUUGUUGAAUAGGAAUGACAAGGAAACAUGACAAGCGCUAAAGAUGAAUCUCAUAUACUGUUAUAACCGGCGGCGUGCUCGCAUCCUUUCGCGUCGCCACGCAAUUUGAAUGCCGCUCCGCCGCUGUAGAUCUGAACGGAGCCACGGGGAAAGCCGCUUGGGACCCGGCCAAAAAUUACAACUGAAAGCAGAAACCCAGCCCUGCUUCGAUUACGCACCGAGAGAGGGAGCACGCUGAUAGUGACAGCGGCACUUCAACAACUCAUCUGUGAUCGACCGUACGAUACUAGAUCCGUUUUCUGCCGUGCAGCCUCAAAGGAUGUAGACCUCGGCCUGCUGUCUUUGGCAUGUUCGUUUUAACGGGACUUGUCGCCAGUGGCUCGACAACGCUGUGUUUGAACAGGCAAUGCCUUCCUUACGCGUUCUGUGGCGCAAACUACAACAAGCACACGCGUAUGUCAGCGAUUCGUCUUUUUGCUUGUCUAUACGUGUGCUGAGAGUUUAACAUGCCUAGGUUUUUCAUUUAAACACUUUUAUACGGACGGAACAUAGCGUAUUCGGCUGGGAGGAGCAAUAAGGAGCUCUAUCUACUCUUCGGCUUCCACGGCAAUAUCACGGAGGGGGUUUUUGAUGGAGCUGGAGAAUAUUGUUGCAAACACGGUACUCCUGAAGGCAAGAGAGGGUGGAGGAGGAAAACGGAAAGGAAGAAGUAAAAAAUGGAGGGAGAUCCUUCGUUUCCCUCAUAUCAGUCAGUGCACAGAGUUGAGCAAAACUAUUGAGCGGGACUACUUCAGCCUGUGUGACAAGCAGCCCAUUGGGAGACUUCUGUUCCGCCUCUACUGUGAGACCCGACCAGAGCUGCAGCGAUGCAUCCAACUCCUGGACGCCAUGGAGGACUACGAGGUGACACCCGACGAGAAGAGGAAGAGUCGAGGAGAUGAGAUCAUCAAGAAGUUUCUCACCAAGCAGUCCUCUGACUGUGUAGAUGUAGCUGAAGGCCUUGCUGAAAGAUGCAGAGAAAAUCUAGAACUGAGCCCCUGCAAGGAGAUCUUCAGUGACUGUCGCAAAGCUCUUCAUGACUACUUAAGUGGUGCUCCUUUUGCUGACUAUCAGAACAGCAUGUACUUCGACCGCUUCCUCCAAUGGAAAAUGCUAGAAAGACAACCCAUCACAAAAGACACUUUUCGGCAGUAUAGAGUUCUGGGGAAAGGAGGCUUUGGAGAGGUCUGUGCGUGCCAGGUGAGAGCCACAGGUAAAAUGUAUGCCUGUAAAAAGCUGGAAAAGAAGAGGAUAAAGAAGAGGAAGGGGGAGGCCAUGGCUCUAAAUGAGAAACAGAUUCUGGAGAAGGUCAACAGCAGGUUUGUGGUUAGUUUAGCAUACGCAUAUGAGACCAAAGAUGCCCUGUGUCUGGUGCUGACCAUAAUGAACGGUGGUGAUCUGAAGUUUCACAUCUAUAACAUGGGAACCCCAGGCUUCGAGAAGGAGCGCGUGCAGUUUUACGCUGCUGAGAUCUGCUGCGGUCUAGAGCACCUCCACAGAGAGUCUAUCGUCUACAGGGAUUUAAAACCAGAGAAUAUACUAUUAGAUGAUAAUGGUCAUAUCCGGAUCUCAGACCUGGGGCUGGCCAUUAAAGUGCCUGAUGGAGAACAGAUCCGUGGCCGAGUUGGGACCGUAGGCUACAUGGCUCCAGAGGUGAUCAAUAACGAGCGGUAUAGCAUGAGUCCGGACUGGUGGGGAUUGGGUUGUCUGAUCUAUGAGAUGACCGCCGGCCGAUCGCCUUUCCGCGCUCGCAAAGAGCGAGUGAAGCGGGAAGAGGUGGAGAAGAGGGUGCAAGAAGAGGAAGAGGAGUACAGCGACAAGUUUUCAGAAGACACCAAAGCCAUCUGCAGGAUGCUGUUAGCCAAAGAUCCCAAGCAGAGGCUCGGCUGCCAGGCGGACGGAGCUGCUGGAGUCAAAGCCCACUCCUUCUUCAAGAACAUCAACUUUAAGAGGUUGGAGGCCGGCAUUCUGGAACCUUCCUUUGUGCCUGAUCCCAGGGCGGUCUACUGUAAAGAUGUUCUGGACAUUGAGCAGUUCUCCACUGUUAAGGGUGUCAACCUGGACCAAACUGACAAUGAUUUCUACUCCAAGUUUGCCACUGGCAGUGUCUCCAUCCCAUGGCAAAAUGAGAUGAUCGAGACGGAGUGCUUCAGUGACCUUAACGUAUUCGGGCUUCAGGGGACGCGGCCCCCUGACCUGGAUUGGAACCAGCCUCCCGAGCCUCCUCGGCGUAGCCUGCUGGACAGGAUCUUUAGGAGACAUGUGAGGAUCUCCUCCACCUCCACCACAGAGGAACACCCCAGAGAACACAAUAGUUAACUACAGACCAGCAUCCAGAGGUGACCAUCGCUCAAAGCCGGGUCUCGUCUUCCAGCGUCAACUCUGUUGACUCCAUGUCAAACUCUGCCCCCUAGUGGACAGAUUGCUGCGGGACUACAGGGAACAAAAGCGAGUGAGCGAUAAAGAGAGGAAAGAAUGAGAGUGAGGAACUCCUCCUGCCCUUUAAAGACCGGUCGUCAGAGCGUGAAAGCGUCCGUUUUCCCUGCCUUGGCCCACACUAUCCAUCCACGGCCCGCCGAGAGGACAGGAGACAAAAACAAGCUCCCGUUUAAAGACCUUUAUUUAUCCAUUUUGUGACAGAAAGGAGAACAUUUAUUCCUUCACCUCACGCUCCCUCAGGAUUGCUGGAACAGUAAAGAGCCACUGACAAUGACAGAAUAUUAACUCGUAUUAUUCAGGGGAUUUUAUCGACAAAGAAAGGCCUCCACAGGGAACGGGAAGGGGGCUUUUUAAAAUUUCUUUCGCAAAGGAAAGCUAAUAUAGUGAACUUAAGAGACUACACACUCACUCACACACACACACACACACACACACACACACACACACACACACAUACUCUCGUUUCCUCCUCCAUCACUCUCGCAAUACCUACCUACCCCGUUUUUCUUUCCGUCUACACGUAACACCUCCAACCUCAACCCAAAAUGUGCAUUGCCUUGCAUACUCUCAGGCCAAAGAUAGAGCUCAUUACAAGAAGAAACGUAUUUGAGUAGCUGUUGCCAUUUUUCGCUUCAGAGAAUGACGAAAGCCUAAAAGCACAAGGAAAUAGGAGCUCGGCAAAGCUGUACAUCCCUUCCCGCUUAAUUAAUUAGCAAAUCUUAUAAUGUCACCUAUAAACAAACACAAUUUGGCAGUUUCAGCCUCUUCCUGUCCACUGAAAGGGAUAGUUCAUCCAAAAAUUAAGUUUUAUCAUGAUUUACUCACCCUCGUGUCAUUUCAAACCUGUAUGAUGUGCAUAAAAGAAGAUAUUUUGAAGAAUGUUGGUAACUAUAUAGGUUUGGUUACCAACAUUCUUCAAAAUAUCUUGUUUUAUGCACAUCAUACAGGUUUGGAAUGACAUGAGAGUGAGCAAAUGAUUACUAAAAUGAAAAAAAAAAUCAUUUUUAGGUGCACCGUCCCUUUAAGACCAAAGUUUGUUUUCUAAAUCUCAUCUGCUCUGUUUGUCAGCCACUUGAAGUAUCUCUGUAUGGUCACUUCCUUUGUGCAUAAAGGCCGUUGGCAGUGGUGAAAGGCGGAGCCAUCUCAGUGGGCGUGGUCUUUUGGGUAGGUAGGCCGUCUACCAGCAGAUACAUAGCCAAUCACAGCACAACAAAUCAGUCAGGGAGUCCUUCUCAUCUCAUCGCGUUAUUCGCAAGUGGCUCAUUUAACCGAUUUACGGAAAAUAAAUGACUGAAACGGUUGGUUACUUCAGCUUUCAUAGGCAAUUUGGCGUUAAAUGGGAGGACAUUGCUGGACUCUUUAAUCUGAGCUACUCAUAUUUUGCUGAUGUGGAAAACAGUUUAAAAAUGUGCUAAAUUCGUAUCAAGGCAGCUCCAAGAGGAGACGGUGUCAAGCAUCUAAUAACCUACAUCAUAAUCACUGCAGGAGUUGAGCAUUUUUACUUUUUAGGACAGCAAAAUUGUUUUUCUUCCAGAUUUGGUGUGUAAAUAUGCCUUCAUUCAUCCGACUUCAACCACUAGACUGAAACUGGCAAAACUUCACUUCAGCAUUUACACACACACACACACACACACACACACACACACA